GAACGUUACAACGGGAACAGCUUCAAAACCGCGAAGGCUUUGAGAACCAAGUUGAUGAACAUGCAGAUUUUGCAAGAGUGGGAAAACGUGUUCGCCUCCGAGACUGAUUUCUUAUCACCCCAGAUGGUCGACAAGCACGACCGAGCUUUGCUCUGCAUGAACAGCAUCGGCACUAUGAUCGAAAGUAACCUUCCUGGACAGUCUCCCGAGCAUCAGGGAUUGUUGCUCAUGGAGUUGUGCAAGUUUGUUGUCAGUGCCCGAGUUUAUCCGUGGCUUCUGACGAGAGGCCCUGACUCCAAGGAGAUGCAAGAUUUGGAAGUGAAGCUUUUCACAGCGAUUGCUGGUGCUCCUUUUGUUUCCAAGCUGGGGCAGAAGCGGGGUCCAGACCCAAAACCCAGCAAAGUGAAGGCAGCUGUGAUCGAGGAAGAGCCGGAAAAGAAGGCCAAGGGCAAGGCGAAGAGCAAAGCAAAGGCAAAGGCAGGCAAGAGGAAAGCACAGGGUGAUGAUGACAUGGCGGAACCCAGCACAGCCCUUCAAGGGCCCGUCGAGUUUGAAGAAGGCACCCGUCCACGGCGAUGGCUAGACGAUCUCCUUGGAGCAUUGAUCACAGCGAACUACGGGAAACCACUCAUGUACCCAUGGAACAGCCCCGCCGGCCAGUUGACUCGGAUGCUGAUAAGUUAUGGCCUCGAAUUCGCUUUGACGGGCAGCCUCACCUUGAACAAGAAGAUCUUCAAGGAUUGGUCCAAGGCGGCAUCCAACAUUAUUUAUGUCGUGAUCAUGUCAUGCAUGAACAGAACUGGCCUGACUCAUGACUCAUGGCUUGCCUUUACCGUUGGCCUUUUUGAAUGCUUGUUGAUUCGUGUUCAGUUUGUCAGACCGCACUUGCAGAGCUUGAUGAGGGCCUUGAUCAAGAAAACCCGUGAUUCCGUGGCCGCAUCUUCCGCCGCAUCUACUGCAGCCGAUUCCAUGGUGAGUCAUUUGUUUGAUCGUGUUUCCGAAGAGAAGGCUGCAUUGGAGAACCAGACUGCAGAGGCAGGCAGCGAAGAAGAUGUCAGCGACGUCAAAGCAUGGGUCCGCUUUGUGUUGCAUACUUGCAAAAUGACUGUCGAGGAUGCAGGUGUCUUUCUCAGCAAAAAUACAGGGCCGAUUGAGUCCCACCCCGCCUUCCGCCGCUUUCGUGGAAUCUUGAAAGAUGUGACCUGUACGUGCAGUGCCGAUGCCGAUGCAGCUCCCGGUCCCUGUAGCUUUCAUGACGAGUCGGAACACAGCAUCCAGGACUUGGUUUGGGGUGUCACCGAGUGCUUGAGGGCUGACGAAGAGUCAGUGCCUACUUCAGUGCUGCGGGUUGGCCUGGCAACACUUGGUGCGGUUGCCAUUCAUGCAUCGGGUUCGGGGGCGAAGCCCGACGAGAAAGUGCAGACACCGGCAGAGCUUGUGGGUAAGCAUGCAAAGUUUGUGUUGAUUGAGAACGAGCGUGGCGAGUUCGUUUUCAACGAGCAAGCGAUCGAGGGCAUGAUUGUGUGCCGAGCACUUUACAUGCUGUUGGCUUUGAGGCAGGUGAUUGAGAAGCCAUUGGAGCCUCGAGUCUUCGUCACUGUAUCGGAUGUGCCGUCUUUGCAUGCCUUUGCUUCGCUUCUCGAUUUCUUGUUGAGCAAAGACGGCAAGGCAUAUGUCAUGGAAGUCGAAAGCCGCUGUCAUUUCGCCCAGAAUGCUCAAGGUCACAAGGCAUCCUCUAAGUCCGGUGCAGAUGCGGAUCCGGGCUCUGGGCCUGUUUCGUUAUGGUGCUCGACUUGGUCGAAGAUUCUCUUCGAAGCUGUCCGGGCCCAUGCCAAGAGUUGCGGUCGGAAUCGUGAGGCUGAUGCUGGUGAUGCCGUGCCUGGAGCCGAGCAGCCAGAAGCCAAACGUGCCAAGACUCAGAUGACAAAGAUUGGGAAAGAUUUGAAGGGUCCCGAAGAGUAUCAGAUUCAGCCUCCCGCUGAUCCAAAAUUGUGGGCUUCCUUCCUGCCAAGCCCAACGAAACUCUUUUCCAAGUCGCUGGCAGACAGCUUCCUGAUGAACACCCUCACGACUCCGACCACAACAAGUGCUGGUCCUGCUACCGGCCAUGAAGCAGAAGCCGUGAAAGAAGAGGCAACGGCAGCGUCAGCAUCAGCAGCAGCACAGCCGCAGGCUGCGGAACCCACCCAGCAAGUCGAGUUAUUGAACAAGACACCGACAAUCACUAGCAUCUACAACAUGCACAAUCUUGCAGGUGUGAAGUCCUUGAAUGUGCUUGAUGUGUUGGCUAUCGGACAGCAGGUGCAAACACACAUGUUGCAGAGGCAAGGGUCCAAUUCAACGUUGCUUGGUUUGCUUCAAGUGGACUUGAAAUCGCAGCUGGUGAUCGAUGUUAUUCAAGCUUCGAAUGCCUUGAGCGGGGAGGGCGACCAUGACUCUGACGGCGAGCACGUCUUGUACAUGCAUGGCCAUGUCACCCCAGAGCAGACGGCCAAGUGUGUGAAGGUGGCUGAAGCAACGUUUGACGAUGGGCCUGUCAGCUAUUACAUGCAGGGCGACAAUUUCAACAAGACCACCAGUGCUGCCCCCAAUGCCAUUUGGAUGAUGAAGACCGGCUAUGCCCAGGAUAAAGCUUUGUUUGCUGCUCAAUCCAAAGAAGUGAUACUGGAGUUUCCAGAUGCGUGCGGAACUGAGUCGCACAGAGCCGCACACAGUCGCAUUUCGGCAAGCACGUGCCAAAGCCAAAACAUCACCUUUAACAUCACCCACGGUAACGUUUUCUGGCUCAGGCAUGGAUGUAAGCGAUCGGUCAUUCUCACGGAGCACUCGGCAAAGCUUCAGAUGAAGGCAUGCGGCAUGCAGUUUCGUUUUGCAGUCGGAGUGUGUUGGAUGCUGGCAUGA